CUCGGCGGCGCCGAGCGCCCCAAAUCCGGAGCUCCGCGCUGGGAACGCUCCAGAUCCGGCCCCGGAUCCACCCCCAGCCCCACCUGGAGCUGCAGGACCCCGCAGCAGCUUCUGGAGACCGGAUUCGUCACCGAGGGGUCAAUCCCGGCUGCGAGCCGUCGGCUCCCGGCGCUGCGGAUCCCGGGAUGGAGCCGCUGGCUCCCGCCGCCCUCCUGGCCCUGCUGGCGCUGUCCCUGGGACACCCCGACCCCGCGCUCGACCGGCACUGGGAGCUCUGGAAGAAAACCUACGGGAAGGAAUAUCAGCCCCAGGAGGAUUCUGUCCGUCGCCUGACGUGGGAGAAGAACCUGUGGCUGGUGACGCUCCACAACCUGGAGCACUCCCUGGGGCUCCGCUCCUACACGCUGGGCAUGAACCACCUGGGGGACAUGACCAGCGAGGAGGUGGCGGCUUCACUGACGGGGCUGCAGCUCCGUGCCCGUCCCCGCGGGAAUUCUGCGCUCCAAGCCCGGUUCCGGCCGGCCCGGGAGGUCCCGGAGGCGCUGGACUGGCGGGACAAGGGCUGCGUGACCGAGGUGAAGAACCAGGGCGCCUGCGGAUCCUGCUGGGCCUUCAGCGCCGUGGGAGCGCUGGAAGCGCAGGUGAAGCUGAAAACCGGGAAUUUGGUGUCCCUGAGCGCCCAGAACCUGGUGGAUUGCUCCGGGAUGUACGGGAACAAGGGCUGCGCCGGCGGCUUCAUGACGGAGGCGUUCCAGUACAUCAUCGACAACGGCGGCAUCGAGUCCGAGGAGUCCUACCCCUACACGGCCCAGAACGGGACGUGCCGCUACAACGCCUCGGCCCGCGCCUUCCCGGGAUUUCUGUUUUCCCGGGAUUUCAGUUUCCAGUUUGAAAUCCGGGCACUGCGCCGUUCGCUGGGGCCUCUCUCCCAGGAAUAUUCCCAAAUUCUGGCCCUGCCCGUCCCUCCCCAGGGGCUCUCCCGCAGCAGAUCCCGGGGCGCCUUCCCGAACUCCGCGGUGUCGGAUUGA